AUGGGUACAUUAAUCUUCAUAGCGCUCAUAGUUGGUUCUCAAACUCCGAAGAGCGACGACGUCGCCACCGGCACCAACAAGCCGCAAUGGACCGAUAUUGAACCGCUAUUUGUACUGGAUUUAACAAGAAGAGAACUAAAAAUUGGAGCAAGGGCUUGUAAAGAAGGAGAAGCUAAACUUGCCACUGUAAAGUCUCAACCUUCUAAACCUUUGAGAGCUGUUUAUGUAUCAACGAACACAAUAUAG